ACUUUUCCUCCCUCUCCCCUCUGUCUCGCACGCACCCUCUGUUUAUUUUCCUGCCUCCAUCUGGGCCCUGCUGAUAUUGUAAUCACCCUGAUGCACGUUGGCUCCUCUCCUCUCCCUCCUGCGCGCACACACUCACUCACACACAAUGUGCCAUCCUGACAAGCCUUUUACUUCUGAUAAGCUCCGAUGUGUGUUUAAUGAAUACAAAGCCGCGGUGUGGGUGCCGCGCGCUCGCAGCCCCAAGAAAAGAUUGAUCUCUGGGCUGGUGAACAUAAUCUCUGUCCCAGUCAGAAAAGGAGAGGAAAUUAGCAGAGCGAUUGGUGGAGAAUGAUAUCUGUCAAAAGAAACACUUGGAGAGCACUGAGUUUAGUAAUAGGUGACUGCCGGAAAAAGGGGAACUUUGAAUAUUGUCAAGAUCGUACUGAGAAGCACUCCACAAUGCCAGACUCACCUGUGGAUGUGAAGACGCAAUCCAGGCUGACCCCUCCCACCAUGCCGCCGCCUCCCACCACUCAAGGAGCCCCAAGGACCAGCUCAUUCACACCCACCACAUUAACUAAUGGCACGAGCCAUUCACCUACAGCCUUGAAUGGCGCCCCCUCACCACCCAAUGGCUUUAGCAACGGGCCUUCCUCUUCUUCCUCCUCUUCUCUGGCUAACCAACAGCUGCCCCCAGCCUGUGGUGCCAGGCAACUCAGCAAGCUGAAACGGUUUCUUACCACCCUGCAACAGUUUGGCAAUGACAUUUCACCUGAGAUCGGAGAAAGAGUCCGCACCCUUGUACUGGGACUGGUGAACUCUACUUUGACAAUUGAAGAAUUUCAUUCCAAACUGCAAGAAGCUACUAACUUCCCACUGCGACCUUUUGUCAUCCCAUUUUUGAAGGCCAACUUGCCUCUGCUACAGCGUGAGCUCCUCCACUGCGCAAGGCUGGCCAAACAGAACCCUGCCCAGUACCUCGCCCAGCAUGAACAGCUGCUUCUGGAUGCCAGCACCACCUCCCCUGUUGACUCCUCAGAGCUGCUUCUCGACGUGAACGAAAACGGGAAGAGGCGAACUCCAGACAGAACCAAAGAAAAUGGCUUUGACAGAGAGCCUUUGCACUCAGAACAUCCAAGCAAGCGACCAUGCACUAUUAGCCCAGGCCAGCGGUACAGUCCAAAUAAUGGCUUAUCCUACCAGCCAAACGGCCUGCCUCACCCCACCCCACCUCCACCUCAGCAUUACCGUUUGGACGAUAUGGCCAUUGCUCACCACUACAGGGACUCCUAUCGACACCCCAGCCACAGGGACCUCAGGGACAGGAAUAGACCUAUGGGGUUACAUGGCACACGUCAAGAAGAAAUGAUUGAUCACAGAUUAACGGACAGAGAAUGGGCUGAAGAAUGGAAACACCUUGAUCAUCUGUUAAACUGCAUAAUGGACAUGGUAGAGAAAACGCGACGCUCUCUCACUGUACUAAGGCGAUGCCAGGAAGCAGACCGGGAGGAAUUGAAUUACUGGAUCCGGCGGUACAGUGAUGCUGAGGACUUGAAAAAGGGCGGCGGCAGUGGUAGCAGCCACUCCCGGCAGCAGAGUCCCGUCAACCCAGACCCAGUGGCACUAGAUGCACAUCGGGAAUUCCUUCACAGGCCUGCAUCUGGAUAUGUGCCAGAGGAGAUCUGGAAGAAAGCUGAGGAGGCUGUGAACGAGGUGAAGCGCCAGGCAAUGACCGAACUGCAGAAGGCCGUGUCUGAAGCAGAGCGGAAAGCCCACGACAUGAUCACAACAGAGCGAGCCAAGAUGGAACGCACGGUGGCGGAGGCCAAGAGGCAGGCAGCAGAAGAUGCGCUGGCUGUCAUUAACCAGCAGGAGGACUCCAGCGAGAGUUGCUGGAACUGUGGCCGGAAAGCAAGUGAGACCUGCAGUGGCUGUAACACAGCCCGAUACUGUGGCUCCUUUUGCCAGCACAAAGACUGGGAGAAGCACCACCACAUCUGUGGACAGACCCUGCAGGCUCCACAGCAGGGAGACACCCCCGCUGUCAGCUCCUCCGUCACACCCAGCAGUGGGGCCGGGAGCCCAAUGGACACACCACCAGCAGCCACUCCGAGGUCAACCACCCCAGGAACCCCCUCCACCAUAGAGACAACACCUCGCUAGACACUAACUCAGACUGUUGGAGAAAAGACAACACAACCAACAUGAAACCAAUUCCUCAUCCUCAGAUGCUCAAAGUCGUUUUUCUGUUUGUUUGUUUAUAGGUGAACUAUCUAUCCUAUUUCAGUACUUCGGCAAGAGAGAACCUAACUGUAUCUUGAGGUGGUAGUAAAACAGAGGGCCAGUAACGGGUCAUAAUGACUUAUUGUGGAUAACAAAGAUAUCUUUUCUUUAGAGAACUGAAAAGAGCAAAGAAUAUAACAUGAAAUGCUAGAUUUGACCUCCUCCCUGUUAUUUUCAAGUAGCUGGGAUUUUAAACUAGAUGACCUCAUUAACCGAUGCUUUACCAAACAGCAAACCAAGAGAUUGCUAAUUGCUGUUGAAAGCAAAAAUGCUAAUAUUAAAAGUCACAAUGUUCUUUAUAUACAAUAAUGAAAAAAAAAAAAGGCAAUCCCUCAA